GACGGGUACUAAGUUGUAGAAACUCCCAGGUAACAGGGAGCAAAACUGCAAGCCUGUUGAAAGGGGAAAACGAGAGAAAGAAAAGCUAUAAAUAGUAUACAAUAAUCCUCUGAUAUCAACACGUACUGGAAUACUUUUAAAAAAAAAUGUUAAAUAUAUUAUAUGUGAAGAAAGUAUUUAUAUAUAGCCUACACUUUUCUAUUUGCACUAACUAACGGUACUUCAAAACUACUGAGAAUCUUUAUUUUGUACGAAAACGGAAAAAAUAUUACUUGUCUGUGGAAGGACGCCACUUCUACAACCCGCACUUAAAAAAAAAAAAAACAACCCUGGACAGCUACAUCUGUGUCAACCACCACGGAUAAGCAAACACACCCCACCAAGGCCAGUGACACUCUCCACUCAAACCAGGGCCAUCUCAGCAGCCAGCUAUGCAGCUUGAAAUCCAAGUAGCUCUCAACUUCAUCAUCUCGUAUCUGUACAACAAGUUACCACGGCGACGAGUGAAUAUAUUCGGCGAGGAGCUGGAGCGCCAGCUCAAGCAGAAAUACGAGGGACACUGGUACCCAGAUAAGCCAUACAAGGGCUCAGGAUUCAGGUGCAUCCAUGUAGGGGAGAAGGUGGACCCUGUGGUGGAGAAGGCGGCCAAACAGAGUGGCCUGGACAUCGAGGACGUCCGUCACAACCUUCCCCAGGACCUCAGCGUGUGGAUCGACCCCUUCGAGGUGUCCUACCAGAUCGGGGAGAAGGGCCCUGUCAAGCUGCUCUAUGUAGACGACAGCAACGAGAGCAGCAGCGGGCUGGAGCAGCUGGACAAGGAGAUCAAGAACAGUUUCAACCCAGAGGCACAAGUUUUCAUGCCCAUCAGUGAGCCUGUGGGGCCAUCUCCCACGUCCAGCUCGCCCUCGCCCCCCUUUGGUCACUCUGCAACCGUCAGCCCCACCUUCAUUCCCCGCUCCACCCAACCGCUGACCUUUACCACUGCCACCUUUGCUGCAACCAAGUUUGGCUCCACCAAGAUGAAGAGCAGUGGCCGUGGUGGCAACAACAACGGCAGUGGCAGUAGUGGAACCAAUGCCAGCAAGGCGUCCCGCACCUCUCCCACCAACCUGGGCCUGAAUGUUAACACCCUCCUGAAGCAGAAAGCCAUCUCCACCUCCAUGCACUCUCUGUAUGGGCUGGGCCUGGGCGCACAGCAGCACCAGAAGGCCUCUGACCUUUCCCCCAAUGCCAAGGAGUUUGUGUUCCCCAGCCUCCAUGGCCAUGGGAGCCAGAGCGCCCUCUUCCCCGGGGACAGCACCAUCAGCCUCAGCCCUCUGCAGUAUAGCAAUGCCUUUGACGUGUUUGCGGCCUACGGAGGCCUCAAUGACAAGUCCCUCAUGGACGGCUUGAAUUUCAGCUUGAACAACAUGCAGUAUUCUAACCAGCAAUUCCAGCCAGUCAUGGCCAACUAGUACACAAAGAUGUUGAUCUACUAUUACUACUACUACAUGACCAGUGAUAUGUGAUGGGGAAAAAGUUAAACAGACGCACAUUUGGGGAAAAAAGGAAACUUGAAAGGAAUUUCAAGGAAAAAUGACUAGUCAAACUGUCAGAUCUUUUGUGAUGAGUCCAAGAGCAUGAGCCCAAGGGUGAUUCAUUCAGCCCCCUUGAGUGAAAUCAUAUUUUUGUUUUUUUACGAUAAAGCUUGUAAGACAAGAUGUCCAAGCUUGGUUACCUAAACUUCGACAUGCAUCAUCGUUAUUUCUUUGCCAACCAAGCACAUAAUUAUUUUUGACUGUUUUAAGAUAUAUAUCUACAAAAGAAGAGAACACAAUUCAUGGCCUCUUUCAGUAUUUAAGACAUAACUGGACACUGCCAAUUGUCCAAGGAAUUGGCAUAAAUAAGAGGUAUUUCCUGGUCUUUUUUCUAAUUGUAUAAUUUAAUUUAGUACAGAGUUUGUAAGAUAUCAGAGUAUAUAUUGUUUCUACGACAUGGUAUUGCAUUUAUAUCUUUUUACUACUCCAGUGAUCCGUGAUGGCUGCAGCGACUUUAUGUUCCUUCUUUUUUUAUUGAAAUGAAUCCAUCUUUAAAAGAAACAUUGACUAUUCUAAAGAUUGUGUACAGAGUAUUGCGUAGUGGUGGGAUUAAAAUAAUAUUUGCUUUUUUCAAAACAAGAGUUGUAUUUUUUGUUAAGAGUUUAAAGAUUUUUGCUAUAUUAUGGACAAAAUGUUAUCGUAUAUUAAUUUUGUACCUACAUUGUGCAAUACUUCAAUACUACAAAACGGUAUAACAAAGUAUUUGGAGUCAGUGUCUUACAUGUUAAGAGAAACUGAUGGUUUAUUAAGUUUGUAUUAAAAGCUUGAAAAUA